AUGGAGAGGAAUUAUCCCGCAGCUGGCUUUGGAGAUCUCGCCUCUGGGACGGGAUGGAGUUACGACAGAACGGCCAAAGCGAGCCUCAUGUAUGGGAGUGCCAGGUCAAGCCACACCGACUCAGAGCUGCUCCACCGGCAAGCCUAUGGUACCCCUCAUCCCCUCCAGGGUUAUGCAACCAACCACCACCCAGGAGGAUCCAGACAGGGUGGGGCUUGGGGUGGACGCACACUGGGCCUGUCAGGGCUGUUUGAUGCCAGUCUUCACCACUCGGGCCCCUCGGGUCCUGAUCCAUCCGUCAUGAAUCUGAUUUCUGCUUUGGAUUCCCGUGGUCCACAGCCCCCACCCUCAGCUUCUUCCCUCCUCACACAAUUUCGCACUCCCUCUUGGCAGACUGCAAUGCACGCACCAUCCCCAACGGAGCUCUUUAUUUCAGGAGCUCUUCCUGGUUCCAGCUCCUUUCCCUCCUCCUCAGCCCUUUCUGCAUACCAGCAUCCUGGCUCUUUCUCUGGACGCUCCUUCAAUCCUUCACUAUCCCUCCAGGACACACCCACCUUUAGCCCAACUUCCAAUGGUUUGUUGUCCCCCCAUGAUCCCCUGCUGCACAUUAAAACACCCUCCCAGUCCAGCCUGGGAUUUGAUCGCCUGCUGUCUUCCCAAAGUAGCGCCUACCGGAGCUCCCAGGAGCUACCGGCACCUCCUCAAAACCAUGCCCCGCCCACCUCCGCCAAUUGCCAUCUGCCCCCUCAUCAGUUUAACCUGCUAUCCUCCCAACUCCACAACCAGUCUUCUCAGCUUUAUAAUUCCUCCAUGUUCUCCUCCACAUCAGCCCUGAUACCCACUACGCCCCCUCAGCCACUCCCUCCACAGGAGAGGGCAAUUCCCCGACAGGAUACCGUUAUUAAGCAUUACCAACGCUCACCCCCAGCCCAUUCCACAACGCUUCCACUACAGCAAUAUAUCAGUUGUGGUGGGUCAGUAGGUUACCAGCAUAUACCAAAUCAACACCCUCACACUGGUGUGUCUUCUAGUCCUUUGGGGGAUCAGAGCCCGCAUUCAGAUCCUAAACCCUCACCACAGUCAGAGUCUCAGCCAUAUCGACCUAAUAUUCAACCACCCUACACUUCUUCUUCCUCCAGCUCAGCAAUCUCUUUAUCUGGGACUAAAGAAGCCAAUAGCUCCAGUAGUAGCUUCUCCUCUUCAAACACAGCAUCAUCCUCUUCAAGAACCUCACACACGCCACCAUCAGCAUUGUGCAACUCCUCUUCAUCGUCUUCAAACCCUAAGGCCAACAAUGGAACCUUGUCUGCUCCCUCUCGCCAGCAGCCUCCACCUCAAUCAGUGCCAGCACCACCUUCACCAAUGGUUUCAUCAACCCAGUCAACGCCCAAACCAUGUCUCGCUAUAUAUGGUUCUCCACCUGUAGCUAAAUCUAGCACAAGCCUACAAGGCCAGACCCCUCCCCAACAACAAGCCCAGGCAUAUUCUCCUAACCAGCCAACGUCGACUCACAUGACCCAGUCUUGUGGUAGCUUUAGCUCCCCUAGCACACAUGAGAUUAGCUCUGGAGGAGGAGGAAAUGGAGGGAAAGCUUUCACCGAUUUAGGGUCAGGUGGACGCUCGCUUUCGGCAGAAAUUGUCUUUGGGGACUCAAACUUUAGCUCAGCCUCCCACAGAAGAGCAGAGAGUCCUUCCCUAGGGUAUGGAAAUGCUACAGGAUCAAAAGGAGGCGGGGCAUCAGGAGUUACCACACUUGAUACUGGACUUGUUGCUGCAAGUUCAGGAAGUGGGGGUGCUAAUGUAAGCAAUUCGUACCACUUGAAUGAGUCUAGUCCCUCACCUUCUAUUACUUCUACUGUCCCACACCCUGGUUUGCACUCUCCUCCUUCAGCUCGGCCCGCACAAUCCCCGGGGGUCUCAGGAGCCAGCAAAUACCUGCCCUCCAUGCUCUCACCCACAUUUAUAUCGUCACAAGGUUUUAAUGAAACGCGGCAACAGCCCUACCACUCAACUCCACCCAAACCCAAAACCCAGCCCAACAUGCUUAGGCCUGAGCGCUCCCAAGAGGCGGAAGAAGAUGAUGAGUUCCUCAUCGAACAAUUACUUCACACGCAAAGUUCAACUUCUCAUUCUGCCCAGCAUCUUUCUUCUGUUCAGAUACCAGAACAGAUUCCACUAACUGGAGAUACAGAAGCCAAAGGAAGAACUUAUGACAUGAACAAGAUCUCAGAGGAACGUUACCACCUUCACAGUGUAAUUCGUACAAAUAGCACCAAUAGCAGUUCGGAGCCUGAAACAUCAUUUAGUGAAGUAACAAGUGGAUUAAAUAGUCAACUGGAAAUGUCACAAAAGAAGCAACAGCAUACUAAGACUGAGUUGACUAUAUCAAAAUCCACCACUGAAGGGGUGGGUGGAGUAACAGACUCCCUUUCCCAUACUACCCACUCCCAUCCUUCAGAACAUGACUCCAUGGUUUCGGUAGGUCAUUAUGGAAGAGGGGACCCCUACACACAGCACCAACAUUCUCGUCCCUCCCAUCACAUCCCCCACCUGUCACCCCAUUCUCAGCAACAAUGUCAGCAAUCGCAACUCUCUCAGCACACACAACCUCCCCAUCACUCUCAGCAAAAUCAUACUCACCCACAGCAUCCGCAUAUGGAGCUAAAAAAGUCUUCAGAUAGCACAGAUAGGUCCUACUUAUGUACUACGACAGAUGUCCAGCACGCUAGACAAAACCAGAUUUCUCACCAAAUGAUGAAUUCACCACCAGACUGCCCUCAGCAAACUCAGAUGAUGCAUCCUGUCAUGUCUCGGACUAAAAUGGAAUCCCAACAAGCACCACAGCAACAUCCUCUGAGCCAGCAAAGUGUCAUGGCAUCAAGUCGAGGAUCGGGGCUCACAGGUGUGGGUUCCCAUGCACAGAGUCAGUCACAGCUACAACUCCAGCUGCAGAAUCAAAAUUUGGAUACACGCUAUAGUCUUGGAGCGCAGAGAGAGCAAAGUCGAAUAAGCCAGAACUCUGUGUCCACGGGAGAUAUGUUGGACCAGCCUCUUUCACAGCCGAGAAGCAGAGAUAGUGGAGGAGCUCUAGACAGACAUGCCAUCAGAAUUGGUGCUAAUAUUACAGAAGGUGAUAGUGUUGUUGGAGAAAGACAUAGACAGCAGAACUGUCUGCCAUCCCACCACCAUCCUCAACACACAGCCCCAGAGCUGCAUGGGUUUCUGUCUGAACCAGAUAUGGGUUUACCCACUACCUCCCACCUGCACCACGUCAACCAACCUCAGACACAUAGCCACCACCAUCAGCAAGCUCACGGUCACCAUCAAAUUUCCCAUUCCCAUUUAGCUCAUCCACAGUCACAUCAGUUGGCAGGGAAUAUAGGAACUCCCCAACAACUGCAACAAUCCCAAACAAGAGAGACAGAAAACCAUCUGUCACACACCCAGCUAGACAGACAUAAGCCUCAUCAGUUUGAUGACGUCAGCCGUGGUGUAAAAAACAGAUUGAAUCAAAAUCAGCAACAGGAGCAGUUUACAUCUUUAACAUCUAUCUGCUUUUCAGACUCUCUUUUAAAUGAUGAAGACCGGUCUUUCUUUCCAGGAAUGGAAGACAUGUUUUGCUCAGCAACAUAUAAGUCUAGUUGUGCCGGGGAUUCUGUGACUGGACAGGGUUCCCGAGAGAACAUUGCUCAAGGGCGUGGGCAAGAAGCCAUGGAUGUCCUAAAAACAGGACAUGCCGGACAACGCUAUGGUCUGGUUGGACAUCACGGAGAUCAAGGUUAUGGACAAUACUGUCACAGUCUCUCUGGAUCAGGAAAUUCAAAUCCAAAUGCAGAUCCCAACUCUAUGAAGACCCAUGAUCUUCCCUCAACUGUGAAUACUGAUCAACUUGGCCUUAUACAGUCCCAGACCUCUGCUAUAGGAUUGAAUUCUACUGCUCAAGAUCCGGCCAACAAAAUGACAGGGUCAGUGGGAGCUGGGAGUAACAAUACUGGUAUGACCUCAGCAAUCUUUUGUUCGUCUCGACCCAAAAAACUGCUGAAAACAAGUUCAUUUCACUUGCUUAAACAGCGACGUGAGCCACAACCGCUAACCAAAAAAAAUUAUGCACAAGAAUAUGAAUUUGAAGAUGAUGAAGAUAAAGCUGACGGCCCGGCUGAUAUACGUCUAAACAGUCGACGCCUUCCCGACAUGCUCCCGGACUUGAUAUCUAGCUGUCGAAAGUCUGGCAGUGCAUCAGGAGUCAGUGGGCUCAGUCCCAUGAUGGGCGACAUGGACUUCUGCCACCCAUCUGGCUAUUCUUCCCUCGGACAUUCACAACCAAUCGUCACCCACGAUGGCCCAAAGAAAAGAGGGAGGAAACCAACAAAACCAAAACGCGAAGGUCCUCCUCGGCCUAGAGGUAGACCACGCAUACGCCCUCUCCCAGAACCUUCUUACUGCCGUGGCCUGAUGGGAUCAGCAGCUGGAGAAAGCAGAAGGGGACGAGGGAGAGGUAGAGGUCGAGGUAGGAAGGAUGACGGUCUCAUGGAAGUUCAUCAAGAUAUGAACAAAGCACACCACCUCACAUAUCACCCGCAGCAGCAUCCGCCGCAACAUUACAACCAGCCACAGCAUCUCCAACAGGAUGCGCAUGAACAUCGCAGACAAGAGCUAGAACACCACCAUAUAGCUCAACAGCAACAAGGACAUACCUUGCAUCAUCACGUUCCUCCCUCUCACCACCAAAUGCAUCACCAACAACAGCAACACAACUACCAACAACAUAUGCAGCAGCCACACCAACAACUGCAACAAGAGCCAGGCAGCCCCAUCAAGGUCGCACUUCACGGUCCUGCCAUGACCCCAUCACAAUCAUUGUUGAGGACUGAUUCACUGUCCAGCACUGAUCCAGCUCUGUCUGAUGGAUCACUGGGGUCAGCACCAUCACUGGGUCCGAGUCCGGGACCUAGUGCCAACAUGGACAUCAGCAGAAAUGAGCUAAACCAGACACAGGACAGGAUUCAUCAUGAGAAUUCUGGAGAGAUUACAUGGAAGAAAGAAAUUGAAGAUCCGUUGAACCCUGAAGGCUGGAGCACUAUGCAGAAACUCUCCAGUUGUGUUGACGAGAAAGCAUUUGACUUCAAACCUGGUUUCGUGUCCUCUUUUUUGGACUUCCUGAAGACAGGUAAAAAACAGUCAGGCCUUGAACUGGAUGACGUUGGCUGUGAACAGGAACCCAUGGACACCUGUUCCUCUCUAAAAGGAGGGAUCAGACCCAUAACCCCCACACCUCCACUAUCACCAACUACGCCACAGCAGCCUCCGGGAACAUUCAAUGAGGAGAGGGGAGGCGAGGGGGCAGACCUAGCUCUCAGUAGUUGCCCGAGUCCUUGUAAACCUCUUGACGACGAACUGAAAGGGAACCUGGAGGCGCUGCCCUCCUUCUCCUCUGACGAGGAAGAUUCGGUCAGUAAAAACCAAGACUUGCAGAAAAGCAUUUCGUCUGCCAUUUCUGCCCUCUAUGACACUCCGCACUCUCUCGCCGCUGCUAUGGCCUCCGCUAUGGUCAAAGUACCAUCCACGCUCUCUCCACCAACCCCACAGGAGCCCGAACUCAGCCCCUUGCCUCCUACUGCGCCAUCCCUUGUCCCCUCCACCACUACGGCCAAUGAAGAAGCGGGGACGCUCACGUACAAUCAGCUUCAUGCUCCAGACGAGAACAACUUUGUCUCGCAAUCCAACGGUGCCGUGAAAGAGGAGUGCGAAAGUGAGCCAAGUGGAGAUCACAAGGAGGAGGAAGAAGAAGGAGUAGGAAAAACUGCGGCUGAGGAAGAAAUGAAAACAGAUCCACGGGAUUCACAGCAGGGAGCUUUGGAAGGGCUGGAGGUGAUGAAAGAGGACAGAAUGUCUGACCGGCAGACUUCAGAGACGUUCAGAACUGAAGAUUCACCAUCAGGCCCCGCAUUCACUCCGGCUCCAGCGUCUGCAUCACCCUCUGAUUCCCCUUCACCACCCACCUACUCUCCUGCGUGUCUGCCUGCCUCUGUAAAUUCCUCACAGCCGAUCCAGCAGGAUGAAGAAGUGGAUCCCUCUUAUCCUCCCUGCAAACUGCAGCAGGUCUCCUACCAAGCAGCCCCAACUGCAGCAGGCACUUCCCCACCCCCCUCUACCUCCCCUCCGGCCAUCCCCUCACCCCCCCUCUCCAACCUCCCCCAAAGUCACUCCAUACCCCCUCCGUCCACCACGCCGCCCCCGUCGUGCUCUGACCACGACCAAGAAGCCGGGCAGGCGUCCCCCUCCUCCCCGUCGGCUUCUUCUCACUCAGCCUCCUCCUCUCCACCUCCGUCUCCUCCCACCCCAGAGGAAGCUCCGGCAUCCCAGCGACUCACCGCCCUGCACCUGGCCAAGAAACAGGCUGAUGCUGCAAUCGCAGGGGAGAGCGAGGAGGAGGACAGUGAAAGUGGAGGGGAGGGAAUCUUCCGCGAAAGGGACGAGUUUGUUAUUCGAACGGAGGACAUCGGGACACUCAAGAUGGCUUUGCAGACGGGUCGGGAGCCCCCACCAAUCUGGAGAGUGCAGAAAGCCUUACUCCAGAAAUUCAGUCCGGAGAUCAAAGAUGGUCAAAGACAGUUUUGUGCAACCAGCAAUUAUCUGGGUUAUUUUGGUGAUGCUAAAAUGCGAUACCAACGCUUGUAUGUGAAGUUCCUGGAGAACGUCAACAAGAAAGACUACGUCAGAGUGUGUUCCAGAAAGCCGUGGCACAGAACUGGUCUGACUCUUAGGCGCCAGUCGCUACCAAAACAACUACCCGCCCCUCACAAUCAAACCCCACCUCGGGUGGAGCGAGACGACAGGGACAAAGAGAGACCCAAAGAGAAGGAGCUGAAGGAGAAGAAAGAGAAGGAGCAAAAAGAACGAGAGCGUAAGGAAAAAAUCGACAGGGAGAAAAAGGACAGGGAGCAGAGAGAAAGGGAAAGGAAAGAAAAGGAGAAUGUGGAGAAGGAAGCGCAAAAUGACAAACAGAAUAGGGAGCAGUCAGACAGGGAGCCUAAUGGACAAGAUCAAACGGCCCUCCUCAAACAGGAGAGUGAAAGAAGGGACAAGGAUAAGAAAGAGGAAAAGAACAAGGAGCUGAGAGAAACGGAAAGAGAACAAAAAGAGAGAGAGAAAAAAUGCAGGGAACUUAAAGAGAGGGAGGAACUGGACAGGGUGUGCAAAGAAAGGGAGCGUGAAUGCAAGGAAAAGGAGAAACAGAUGAAGGACAGGCUGAAAGAGAAAGAGAGACUUGGGCCAGAAACCGGAGUCACGGAAAAGGCCAGACACAAGGAGGAAGAAAGGGAGUUGGCGAGGGAAAUCUUAGAAGUCAGAAGAGGAACAGCGCAAUGCUUGAGGGUAAAGGAGGAAAAAAGAAGAGUUGAGAAGAAGAUGGUGCAUCACUCAAGAGGCAAAACGUCAAUGGACAAGACGGAGCCUCCUCCCAAGAAGAGAAAGAAGUGGAUGAAGGAGUUGCCGUCCUCCUCCUCCGAAUCGGAUUCCUCCCCGCCCAGUGAAGAUGAAGGACUUCUGCGGGUUGGAAUGAAUAGUCGGGCCAUGAGAGAGAUGUUUAGGAGCUAUGUGGAGAUGUUGGUCAGCACAGCGCUUGAUCCUGACAUGAUCCAAGCCCUUGAGGACACAGAUGAUGAGUUAUACCUGCCGCCCAUGAGGAAGAUUGACAGUCUGCUGAAUGAGCAGAAGAAAAGACUGUUGAGAAGAGUCAGCAUGAGUGCUCAGCACCAGGAGGCUCUUCAUAUAUUCCCGAAAAUGACAGCUGACCCGUUGGAAUCUGGGACUGUCAAAGUUCGACUUGGCGGGGAGGGUUACAACCGUAAAACUCUCAACCGUGGCAAGAGGAGCAUUCCCAAGCAUCAAGAUCUGAAGCUCUCUAUUGAAGCCUGCCGUGUCUACAGUUUGUAUCAUUCCCUUCACCACUAUAAGUAUCAUACCUUCCUGCACUGCAAGAAGGAAACGGACAGCAUCGAACAGGCAGCAGAUGACCCUGGCCAAGAGGAGGUAGUACAGCAGUGCAUGGCCAACCAGAACUGGCUGGAGAGCCUCUUUAAUUCCUUCAUGGAGCUUGUCAGCCUUAGUGGCAAAGCCUGA